AAAUACCCACUUAACCCAUUCGUCAUUCCUCACUGUUUCUUCUUCUUCUUCUUAACUUAUCUGCAGAGGCAAUGCACUGUCAGAUGGGGUCGUGGGGAUCAUAUAUGUCGUCAAGAAGCGUGAGUGACCCAUUGGAGCGAGUGGAGAGACUUGCCUCAGAGAACGCGGUUGUGAUCUUCAGCAUCAGCAGUUGUUGUAUGUGUCAUGCCAUCAAGAGGCUCUUCUGUGGGAUGGGUGUUAACCCUGCUGUGCACGAGCUUGACGAGGACCCCAGAGGGAAAGAGAUGGAGAAAGCUCUCAUGAGGCUGCUCGGUACUUCUUCUGCUGUACCCGUCGUCUUCAUCGGUGGGAAGCUCGUUGGGUCCAUGGACAGAGUUAUGGCUUCUCACAUUAAUGGAACUUUGGUCCCGCUCCUCAAGGAGGCUGGAGCUCUCUGGCUCUGAAC